AAAUCAUUUACUGCAUCAAAACGACAAUCAUUUACCCAUAAAACGACAUCAACAUAUCGAAAAAAAAUCCUUCUCACUUUCCUUCACAUUUUCUCGAGAAAAUGUCAGCUUGUAGUAAAAUUCGUUACAUUGUUCGACUUCGUCAAAUGCUAAGAAGAUGGAGGAAGAAGGCCGCGAUGACUGCUCGCAGUCGUGUACCAUCCGAUGUACCUUCUGGUCACGUAGCAGUUAUUGUAGGCGCAAAUUGUAAAAGAUUCGUUGUGCGAGCGAAUUAUUUGAAUCAUCCAUUAUUCAAAAAGUUGCUAGCACGUGCCGAGGAAGAAUACGGUUUCUUAAAUUCAGGCCCAUUAUCGAUCCCUUGCGACGAGACAUUAUUCGAAGAUAUAAUAUGUUACCUAGCUCGCUACGAAUCCGAUAAAAAUAACGUUGGAUGUUUCGUUAAUUUUGAGGAUUUUCAGAGAUAUUGCCACGUUGGUAUUCGGAGUAACCUCGAUUUUUGGGCUGAUUCGAGACCACUUUUGAAUGGAAUUUCUGACAAGUCCAUUUGGUAGAUCAUAACUCCUUCUGUCUUAAUUUACGUGAGACAGUUGAAAUUUCAGAAAAUUGAUUGACGAGAAGAAUAAAAAUAAAGAUGCUGCUGAUUUUGACUCGGGAUUCGACUCGGCCGAGUUGGUUCGCCUGAACAGUUAACUCACUUGACUCGGUUUGUAGAUGGGUUUUCUUUUUUUUUCCUUUUACUAAUUGAGGGAAUUAUUCUUUGCUUACCGGACCUAAAAUUUACCGGUAAGUUUAAAGGUUUUUCUUUAUAGGAUUCAACUUUUUUACUAAUCGUGUAAAUAAUUUUUACCCUGCCAGUAUAUAUUCACUUGUUAUAACGAUUUAAUUGUUUUGUUUCUUGGGUUACUAGUUUCACAAUACAUUAAUGCACAUAAUUGUGUAUGUUUUGUGAAGCUAGUAAUCCGAUAAAUAAGAUGAUUAAGAUGCUAUAACAAGUAAAUUUAUACUGUGUAAAAAAUAUUUAUGCUAUUAAUUAAAAAAAAAAAGUUAAAUUUUUUUUUUUUUUUUAUUGAAUAUUUAUUACGAGUCAAGUGUACAUACUCCGAAGGUGUGAUUGGAGAUGGCAAAACGGUGGGCGAGUCGUAUUUUACCACUGAGUCGUCCCGAGUUCUGCUCGGAGUGAAAUUCAAGAAACACAGACAAGUGAUGAGAAGGAGAUUAAUUAAGUGAUUACUCCUAUUAAUAAUUCGAUUAUUGUAAAUUUUUAUUUUUGUGUAACUUCAUUAUUGUUGAUUGAGGAAUGGAAAUAUGUACAGAAAUUUGAUGAUCAAAUGUGGCUGUCCAUUAUUUUUUAUGGUAUACACAGUUACACACUGUGAAUA